CUCGGCCGGGGAGUGGCCGCUCUAGGCAGCGGGGAGGUCGAGGGGUUGAAGGGGCUCAGAAACGAGUGCGGCCUCUCCUCUAUGGUCGGGGGCCCGGGACACCCUCCUCCGCAGUCAGUCGGUUACUGCCGGAAGUGAAGCUGCCACCUUCUCCUCUGCUUCCGCAGGGGUGCAGGCGGGGGUGACAUCCGGAUGGUCUCCGGGAUGAGCGUAGUGCAGCAAGACUGAGAAACUCUUACCCACCAGUGCCUACACUAUGGUGACACCAGGAAGAAUAUGAAUAAUCAUUUCUUUAGCCCAUUUCCACAGCACACCAUCCUAGCCACUUCACGUUCACUGUCUCUAAUCUUCACAAGAAGCCUUGAAGGUCUCUAUACUGUUGAGGAAACAAGAUCAGAGAGCUCAAUAACUUCUGAACAGUCACAGACCUAAUUUGAUGAUGCUUUGCAGCAAUUUUCUAAGUCUGAAAUUUUCUUUGCCUGUGGAUCCUAGAAUUUGCUAAGACAUGGAGAAGUCUCAGCAAAAUGAUCUGAACACAAUGUCCCUUGAGAAAGAUGACCCUCUCAAGAGCAGCAGCCCUCAGAUUUCUGUUAGUGAAUUUUCUUGCCACUGCUGUUACGACAUCCUGGUUAACCCCACCACCUUGAACUGUGGGCACAGCUUCUGCCGGCACUGCCUAGCCUUAUGGUGGACCUCUUCGAAGAAAACAGAGUGUCCAGAAUGCAGAGAAAAGUGGGAAGGUUUCCCCAAAGUUAAUAUUCUCCUCAGGGAUGCCAUUGAAAAGUUAUUUCCUGAUGCCAUUAGGAUGCGAUUUGAAGACAUUCAGCAGAAUAAUGACAUAGUCCAGAGUCUUGCAGCCUUUCAGAAAUAUGGGAAUGAUCAGAUUCCUUUAGUUCCCAACACAGGCCGCGUGAAUCAGCACAGAGGAGGGGGGUUCUUCUCCGGAGUGCUCACAGCUUUAACUGGUGUGGCAGUGGUUCUGCUCGUGUAUCACUGGAGCAGCAGGGAAUCUGAGCACGACCUCCUGGUCCACAAGGCUGUGGCCAAAUGGACAGCAGAAGAAGUUGUCCUCUGGCUGGAGCAGCUGGGUCCUUGGGCCACUCUCUACAGAGACAGGUUUUUAUCUGAAAGAGUAAAUGGAAGACUGCUUUUAACUCUGACAGAGGAAGAAUUUUCAAGGGCACCAUAUACCAUAGAAAAUAGCAGCCACAGAAGAGCAAUCCUCAUGGAACUGGAGCGUGUUAAAGCCCUAGGCGUGAAGCCCCCCCAAAACCUCUGGGAAUAUAAGGCUGUGAACCCAGGCAGGUCCCUGUUCCUGCUGUAUGCCCUCAAGAGUUCCCCCAGACUUGGCCUGCUGUACCUCUACCUGUUUGACUACACAGACACCUUCCUACCCUUCAUCCACACCAUUUGUCCUCUGCAAGAAGACAGCUCCGGGGAGGACAUCUUCACCAAGCUUCUGGAUCUUCGAGAGCCCACAUGGAAGCAGUGGAGAGAAUUCCUGGUCAAAUACUCCUUCCUUCCAUACCAGCUGAUUGCUGAAUUUGCUUGGGACUGGCUGGAGGUUCAUUACUGGACGUCACGGUUUCUCAUCGUCAAUGCCAUGUUACUCUCGGUUCUGGAAUUAUUCUCCUUUUGGAGGAUCUGGUCAAGAAGUGAACUGAAGACUGUUCCUCAGAGGAUGUGGAGCCAUUUUUGGAAAGUAUCAACACAGGGGCUUUUUGUGGCCAUGUUCUGGCCCCUCAUUCCUCAGUUUGUUUGCAACUGUUUAUUUUACUGGGCCCUGUACUUUAACCCAAUUAUUAACAUUGAUCUCGUGGUCAAGGAAGUCCGACGGCUGGAAACCCAAGUGUUUUGACUGGCACUGGCCAGGCCCUGAGGGACUCUCCCCGCCUCCCUGAUGGAUGAGCUUUGAUGCUUAAGUGAAGGGGGGUGGGGAGUGGACUUCCUACUUUCUUCCCCUAGUAAACAAGGUGUGGCUGUGUCAAAGGCUACACCCAGGUCCUCUCUCCCUCUGCCUGUGGCACUGUGGCAGUAGGGCCUGACACCUCAGAGCCGGGCUGACACCGCAGCAGCACCUCCCACCCAGCCACCUUGCUCACAGGAGAUUGGGAGACCCAGUCAACAACGGCCUGCAUGGACCAACGGUCUGCAGAGGACGUGGUGUGGGCGACAUCAGAAGGCUGCCACAUCAGCAGUCCCUUGUCCUAACCUCAGUGACAGGACAAAGGCUCCCAGGGCAAGUUGGAGCCCUGACACAGAACCCAAGACCAGGCUUGUGGAGGCCAAGCGUGUCCUCUAAGUCACAUGUAGGAAAAUGGGAGAUUUUGUCAUAGGCAUAGAUAGUUGCACAUAAAAAAUGCAGAGGAAAAACCAAAAUCCAAGAGACGAUUCUGUCUUACUGAAGAGUUGCUCAGUUUUCGAGUUAAACCUCUAAAGGAUUCCGUUUGAGACUAGAAUGAUGGUUAGACUUAUCACUGUUUCUGACUUGUAAUCUUUACGAGUUGGGAUCCCUUUCUCUGAGUUGGGGGACUAAGUGGGAUGUCAGGCAGUUAAUGGAGAGUAAUUCACAUCAGGCUGAGCUGCCUCAGUGCUACUUACAAUUGUUUUGUUUUGGGGUUUGCUUUGUUUUGUUUUUAAAAAUUUAAUCUAUAAAAUCCAGGAUAGUGGAUAGUCCUUUUGUUCAAGGAAACAUUUUAUACAUUGACCUCACACUGUAUAAUCUUUAUCAUCUUGUUCUGUUGUAUAAAACAGCAAGUCUAAUUACACCAAAUGCUGUAAUUGUAAAUAGGAAUGAAAUGAACUAUGGCCUCUUCUUUCCUUCCAGUGUGAAAACAGGUGUGAAAUGUGAUCGAUCCAUCUGAAGAUGGGCCCCGCAGAGAUAAGCUUGCUUCCAAAGUGUUCUUUUGUGACUCCAUGAACCAUUCAUUAAUCCUUUGUAUCUCUGAAGAUUUCACUCAAACUUUGCAUCUCAAAGUUCGAACAACUUACUUGAAAUAAAAAUAAAGAUUUUUUUUAUAAAGAUAAAA